CCACCAGAGAAGGAAGGUGCCCUGCCUCGACAGGUGGGCAACAAGACCGAGUGUGGCUUGCUGGGGUUUGUCCUGGACCUGAAGCAAGAUUAUGAAUCUGUGAGGAGCCAGAUGCCUGAGGAGAAGCUGUACAAGGUGUAUACCUUUAAUUCAGUCAGGAAGUCCAUGAGCACAGUGAUCAAGAUGCCUGAUGAAAGCUUUCGCAUGUAUAGCAAAGGGGCAUCCGAGAUUGUCCUGAAAAAAUGCUGCAAAAUCCUCAGUGCAGCUGGGGAGGCCCGGGUUUUCCGACCUCGAGACAGAGAUGAGAUGGUAAAGAAGGUGAUUGAGCCUAUGGCUUGCGAUGGCCUCCGAACCAUCUGUGUAGCUUAUCGGGACUUCCCAAGCAGCCCAGAGCCUGACUGGGAAAAUGAGAAUGAUAUCCUCAAUGACUUGACCUGCAUCUGUGUGGUGGGCAUUGAAGACCCUGUGAGACCAGAGGUAGGUCCUGUAUUGGACUCAGAGCUUUUAUGGUUUGGCUGGGCUGCAGUCCUGGGGG